AAAGAAAUUCUUGAGUUCAGUUUGACAUAAAAUCUUUACUGACAAUUGCUUGUCCAUCCAUGCCAGGUCAAGGACGGGACUUUAGGAUGCAGGCGGACUCUUUGGGAGAUUUGUACCGGGCUCUGGAGCAGACCAGUCUGUCCACCUCAGCUGACCACAGAUCAGCCAGCCGUCUGGAGUACAAGCGCUCAUUUGUCCGCCGAGUCAACGACCCCUUGCUCAAUGACAAGCUUCAUCGCCUCCGAAUCCUCCAUGGCUCACUUAAGAAUGUCCCUCUUCAAGACACAAACCGGUCAUUGGGUUUUUUAGGGUGAGGAUCAGCGUGUUUGGUUAAACCUCAAACGUAUCUCCUCUGCCUGUGCCUCACACAGCUGACAUCCUUCUGCUGGAGAUAAACAGCGCCAAAAA